GCAUUAAACAUUAAAUCGAACAAUCUGGUUCAGUGAAUGUGAGUUUUCAAAUAGUUUUGAAUAAAAUUUUCUCGUGUAAAAAUGAAGAAAAAUAAUAUUUGGAAUACGCUGCAGGAAGUUGACAAAGUCGAAGCUUCUUUUAACAAAACAUUGCGAAACAUCAACAAUAUCCAAAAUCGUUACAAAGUGGUUUCUGCUUUGAACAGAAAGGCUGCCGAAAGGCAGAAUUCCUAUGAACAGGAGAUCCAAUCUGCAAUUACAGAACCCAAAAUCACCAAGCCGUCGAAGAAAACGAAAACCAAGAAGUAUAAGGCCAAAACUCUGACCAAGAAGAAGAUUCUGACCAAGAAGACCAAGAGAUGUCCUCUGCCCAUCCUUCAACCUCUGCCUUCACCUGAAACUCUUUCUCAAAUGGGGGAACCUUUCGUAUGUGUCCAGACAAAUUGCGUAUACGAAAUUCAUAAGACAACCACUCAUGUGGUGGCUCGAAAACCAUAUCGGGGUUUCAUCAAGAGGCUUUAUCGAGCAGCAUGGCAAAAAAAUCGACAGGAUCAGAAUCCAGAUCUGUACAAAGAGUUGGAUCCGGACCGCGCCACAUUUUGCUGCUCCUGCUCCUCUUGCUGUUUUGAGUACAAAUAAAUUUGUUGUUCUUGUUUUUACCAAGCAUACCUUUAGGCUUUCCGAAAGCUUAAAGUUUGCCAGACAAAAUUUUGUACGAGCACCUAAAUUGUUGAUAAUAAAUCAAAGUUGUUUGUAUGCUAAAAAAGUAUUCACAAUUUACAAAAGAAAAUUAUA